CCUUAACCCUUACCCUAACCUUAACCCUUAACCCUUAUCCUAACCUUAACCCUUACCUAACCUUAACCUUUACCUUUCAACUUCAAGAGGGUAACGUCAGAGUUGGGACGUUCCAAGGAUCUCGUUUAGACUUUUCCUUCUGACAAUGGCCACACAGAGGUGAUGUGGUGUACUGACACAGACUGGCCACUAGAGAGCCUCAGAGAGGCGCUGUUGGACUUGGAUAUGAUGGAUUUUCUGUGUGCUUUUUGUUGUAGUUGACUGACUUCUUGAAGCCUGUUACAUUUCAGUUCCACAGAACAGACAGGAGCUGUUUUUCUGUGCUGAAGAAACACCCUGUUUCUGGAUUUAAAGUAGCUCCUUAYAAGAAAUUCAUUAAGAUCGAUGAAACUUGCUUUGCUAAAUGUGUUUGAUUCAGGGAUGUUGGUGAGGCCUCAUGGUGAGGGCUAUGCUCUCAAAUGAUUCCCAAGACGAGGCGGAGCGUCUCUGUUUAAUAUAAGGCGUGAUGGAAGAUGUUMUUUUUUUUAGUAAUUUAUUGUAGCCUUUUAAAAUAUUUACAGAUGACUUGACAUUUCAGGUAAACUCACCUAUAAACCUACGUUGUAGUUAAUUACAAUACAAAUGAUAUAUAUUCUUAUUGUGAAGUAUAGGUUUUAUAAUUAGAUCAUUAACAGGGUUUUUCCUCAAUGGGACAGUGCUGGUUUGGUUCAGAAGUCUAAAGUUAUUUUCAUAUUUGCCCAACGGGACAUAUCAUACUACACACACCACUAAUAGCUACAACAUAGAUGUGUAUGUUUUCAACCAAUCUUGUUCUCAGGCCCCACUACCCAUACAUUAGUAUGGUAUUCCUUAACAAUGUUUAUUUUUUUACCCCUGUGCUGGGUCUUUUUUUUUWAAUUCCAAAAGUAUAAAAAGGUAAUUAAACAUUUGAAAUCCGUUGUGAGCAGCAGGUACAGAGGCGAGCCAGGAACCGGAGGAUUGCUCAUGCGAGUCCCGGGCCCAGCAAMAAAAAAUCUGUCAGGAAGUGAGCUGGUAACCGGAYGGUUCCUGCUAUCAAAUCCUAGAUGCCAUUGCAUGCUAUUGUGCCCUUGAGCAAGGGACUUAACCCCCCCCUCCCACAACAACAGGUGCCCAGUGUGGCAGACCCCUGCACCUCUCCAAAACAUGUAUGUGUAUUUUGAAUGGCAGUUUCUUUCUUUUGGAAGAGUUGGGUUAAAAGCGGAAGGUGCGAUUUGACCAACAAAGGGAUCUUAAAAUCAAAGAUUGAAUUAGCACUUUAUUGUCCCAGAAUUCCCAUGUUUAGGGACCUGUCUCAACCUGACGUUGUGCCUGGGCGUCUGCCACUGAACACUAAAGGAUUUGUAUGUCCAUACUUUGUAUAACCAUACAUGCAUGCAUUGUACUCUCACAUCAAUUUGAAGACAAUAAACAGAAUGACUCUGACGGUCUUGGUAUUUGUGACCUUAUUACCCAAUUGGCCAGUGGCCAUAACGACAAUGACUAAGCUAAGAAAUGGCAGGGUUUUAAGUGUGGCCUGAUGUAGGAUUGGUUAAUUAGCCCCACCUUCCCUUUCCUCUUUCUGGUGAAUAGCAAUAGAAGAGUCAAUCAUUCACAGAGAUGUUAUGACUGUGACUUUAUGUAGUACAAGAUGAGGAAGUGUCGGUCUUGUCUUGUUUACAGCGGUACGAAUACAGGACGAUUGAUGACCGGUCCGGCACACUGACUGUUGAUCUGUAGCUCUCAUCACUACUAACCUGUCAGAACUAAGAGAGGGCAGCAGUUGCUUUGUUUUCCAACCUAGAGACAGCAGGACRGGAUCUGGGGGAAAACGACGACGUAUCCAAGCCUCUUCCUUAAUAUGAGGUGUGAGACUGGAGCCUGKGGGUGAGAAACAGGACCUUUAAGAAGAUCGACCGCUGUUCAUUCAGCACGGCAGCURUCUGAGAUGAGCUCUGACUGAGAUGAUGGGGCUUCAGUUCAUCUGAUCGGAAGAUGUUGUUUGUCUGUAGGCAGACUAAGAGAACUGUCGGUGGAUUAUCUUGGCUGUCCGUUUAAGGUGAGGCUCUCUGUGUGUUAUAUGGCAUACCUGGUUCACACGGCUCACCCUCAGUUCGUCAGCCUGUGGUUGAGCGCCGUGGGUUGGGUCCUUACCGCGGUGACCCUUGGACUCAUCCAGUGGAGGGUCUGGCAGGUGGCCGACUUGACCUUCAUCACCUCAGGAGUGGCCUGGGUCGGAAUCUGGAGGGUGUGUUUCUAUAGCCAUACACUCGUGACCUCUGGGUUCAGGGUCAUGUAUUGUCAGAAUAUGGCGCUGUCGGACGCCUUCACGCCCCCGGAGGUCGCCACGGCCCAGGUGCUCACUCUAAUAGGGCUGGUCGUGGGGUUCUGUGGGAACGCCGCCGCCGUCUUCGCACUCAGGAACGUCUAUUUCGGCCUGGAGAAGCAGACGCCUAUCCGCUGUGCGUUCGCGGUGGCUGGUACUCUCUGCUUGUUGUCCGCUGUGUGUUUUCUCAUACCUCUCCUGUGGAACCUGAACUCGGUGGUGACCAAUCAAACGAUUGCGUUCCCGUCGAACUUCCACAUGCCCCCUGCACCUGUGACCCAGAACGCGGGGGCAGGUAUCGGGGUCGGGAUCAUAGGGUCGUUCAUGAUGAUCGUCAGUGGAGUUAUCUUCAUCUUCUACAGGUUCCCUGUCAAGGUAGGACCCAGAGUGGAGCCGCCUUGUCCAGAGGCGAGACACUUUGAUGGGUCAAGUGUUGGGACAUUGUCCCCUGGGUCUGUGGGACACGGUAGGGAUAGUCUGAAUAACUCUCAGGCCAGGGACAAUCCUGCCUUCCACUCUGAUGAGCACUUGUGAUAUUAGUUUGUUUCUGACAUAUGAGUUGACCAUAUCCAAUGUUGUAUUUGAUGUGACAUAAAGGAAUAGCCAUUUGAUGCAACUAUAUGGUUAGUAUGAGAACCCCC